AUGGAAAUAACAUCUGCCAUAGUUGAGUGUGUGCCAGUUGUUGAUUGUCCCAGUGCGGCAAAAUCAAGUUUGGAUGUAUUUAUGUCAAAUGCACAUUUGAAAUUUCCCGAUGUAUGUACGAACUUUUAUCGGUCUCAAAAAACAAGCUUUAUCGAAAGAAGGGAAGUCGUUACAAAUCACAAGAUCCACUUUGCGUACAAACAUUUUGUCAAUUCAGAAUGCAGCAAAAAUGCAAUUUCGAACUCUUUGGCUAAUUUAUGGAUCGUGUUAUUUGUUGAAGCAUUAUGGCUUUUGAUUCUUGACAAUUUCUGGUUAAAACUUCCUUUAACUUCGUCGGUAAUAGAAACAUUUGUUCAUCUCGUGAUGGCGUGUUAUAAUUCACCAUUUCUAAACUUUACAGCUCCUUUUACAUUCCUCCAGUCAAAUUCCCGUAAAAACCAAGGCUACGUCAACAUCCCCAUAGAUAAUCCUGUCGACUUGACUGAUCACGAUCAGUCGUACAAUGCUGAUUUCCUUCCAGACAAUACACCCUCAAUUGCGUUUAUGGGUUUGUAUGACAAAGUACAAACACUAAAAGAUAUCAUAUCAACAUCUCAUCCCACUAAAAAAAUUUUAAAUCUUUAUACCAUGAAACCUGUUUUUCAAUUACUUUCAGUUUUAAUAUUUCUCGUCAUUAAUAUUAAUUACUUGAAAGACGUGAAAGACACAAUGAGGUGUAAAUUAGCUCAGCAUAUUCCCAUCCAUCACGAGUACUUCUUAUGCCCCUACGUCCUAGCUUCCUGUAUGUCUAGUAUCGUUCAUAUUUAUCUCGGAGUCUUGGCAGUUAGUGGAUUUAUAUAUUUUUUAAUAAUUAUUUGGACAGUCAAAUUGCGUCUGAAGAAAUAUGAAUAUGACUGUUCUGAUCAAAUGUCUUCAAUAACUGUUGGUGAGCUUUCAGAUAUUUCUCCAGUGGAUGGUGACCUCGGAUUUCUCUUGCAUCUCUUGCAUUCCUACAACAAAAUGUACGUUAUAAGGUUCGUACAUUUCCUCUCUAAAGAGAACAAAAAGAAGAUUGUGGCUCAUGCAUUGAGUAAAAAAUUUCCUGUUGCAGGUCUGCAAACUACAUUGGAUGAACAAAAGGCAUUAUCUUUUACUAGCCUUCCGGGAAUUCCGCUUGGAAUUUUCGAUCAAUUAAUAUGUGAAAAUCUCUUGACACUUAAUAUCAUCAAAUGCACUCUUGAAGAGGAUGAUUUUGAAAAUUCUGAUAAGCUUAUCGGACUGAAAAGCCUAUCCAUUGUGAACUGUGGCUUGAAGUCCAUACCGAGAGGGAUUCUUGCUUUGGAAUGUCUUGAUAAACUUCGUCUUAAUUUAAACCUUAUAAAUGAGAUUAAUGUUGAUAUAGCAACUUUGAAGAAUCUGUCAGUCCUCUCUCUUAAUGAUAACGUUCUUCAAAAAAUUUUUCCUGGCUCAUUGACACAAAUGCCAAAUCUCAACUCGCUUGAUAUCGACGACAAUGAUGAUUUAGAAAUGGAAGCUCUUCAUGAGGUCCUUGCAUGUAGAAGCUUACGAAGCUUGGUUUGUCCUUUUCAUCUACUGAAAAAUGCUGCAAGUUGGCUAAAUGAAACAGAACUAGAAAAGCUACAGGCGGUUACCGUGGAGAAAUAA